AUGAUCCCCUUCAGCUGGCGGUCCGAGAGGCGCGAGGCCUCCUCGGCAUCCUCCCCCUCGCGCAAGGCCCUCGCCUCGCAGUCAUUGCAGAUGCAGAAAAGUCCUUCUUUGUUCGCCUCUCAGGUCACUUCGUUCCUCGGCGUCCACGAUAUCUUCAGAGUCAAGAAGACAGAAUUCCUUCCGCUGUUCACGACUCUCCCGCAGCUGCCAAACCUGGACCUGUACAUACACCUCGCCCUCUGCUGCUGCGCAUCGUCCCCGUCUCCCUCCAGAUCUACCUCCACGCUGUCUUCUACCUCUUUCUGUUCUUCCCUCCAUCUCUCUCGAGCUGCCCGGUGUCCAGACGAUGCGCAUCUUCCCUCCUCCGUUUCCUUCUCUGCGUCUCGCCGGACAGAGAGCUGCAUCUGCGGCGGCGGCUUCCGCUGUACGUACACCCCACGCGAGACGUACCCCGAGGGCAACAGGAACUCGCCUUCUCCCUUUUCCAAACUUGCCUCUUGCGACUCUGCUUCUUCCUCUUCUUCGUCUGCCGCUUCUUCAUCGUCGUCUGCUGCGUCCUCUUCGUCUGGGUCUGUUUCUUCUCCUUCGCUUCCUCCCCUGCGUGAGGCUGUGAAGGCACUGCAUCCCGUCCCUGUUGGCAGCUUCCACGCAGCAGCUCAGGCGCUGGAUCAGAAGUUUGAGGGUCUGCUGGCUGCAUUUUCGCUGGAGAAAAGCUACUUUUUCUGUCCGUCCUUCUUCCUCUGUUUGCCGCUGCAGCAAGUCGCUGCUCGGUCGAGCCUCGUCUGCGGGUGCGCGCCGUCCUCGCGAGAGACGGGAGGAGGAAGCGCGUCCGAACAACGAGAGGCUGAACGACGUCGCAGACGAAACCACGCAGCCGGCAGACAAAGCGCCAGCAGACAGAGCGCCAGCAGACAGAGCGCCAGCAGACAGAGCGCCAGCAGAGGAGACAGAGAAGCAAAACUCUGCACAGAGAGAGAGACGCAGCCAACGAUUGGGUCGACAAACGGCGACACAGGAGAGAAGGCGAACCGCGGCGAGACUCCGCCGAGAGAGGAGGAAGAAACGCAGACAGACUAUGAAUCAACGGAGGACGAAACAGCCGACGGGGACGCGGCCGACUGCAGUGGAGAGGAAGGCGUUUCUUUUCACGACUUUCUGGCGUGUGAAGAAGGGGAAGAAAACGAAGAAAGUUCGCUGAGGAAGGAAGAGCGAAGAUUCGUCUGGAACUACGAACUCAUGAAGCCUUUUCUCGUCCAGGGAUCUCCCGGCCUCGAGUGUCUGCGCAGGGGCAUCCUGCUCCCAGUGCUGCACGGUGCGGUCUGCUCGGCUUCGCUCGCUCUUUCGCGAGGCACCGCGCGUCUCCUUGUUAUUGCAAGGAGAUCGGCUUUCUUCGCCGGAACUCGAUAUCGAAAAAGGGGGCUGUCUGUCGCUGGAGACGCUGCAAACGAAGUCGAAACUGAAUUCGUUUUCUAUACGUACACUCCUCGCCGCGCCUCCGCGUUUCCGCCUUCGUCGUCUUCCUCGUAUUCUCGGCCUCUUCGAGUUUUCGACUUUCACUUGUUUUCGCAUGUACAAGUCCGAGGCAGCGUCCCGACGUUCUGGGCGCAGGAGGCGACGGUCCUUCCAGCGAUGCCUGCGAUUGCAUGCACCCAGACGGACGUCAAUGCCUCCGCAACGCGCCGCCACUUCGCCUCGCUCUUUCAACGCUAUGGAGCUCCGGUUCAUGUCCUCAACCUCCUCAAACGUCGUCUGCCUUCGUCGCCGUCGGCUGCCGCUUCCUCGUUCUCUCCCUCUUCUGAUUCUGCGUGCUCGCUUUCGGCGAACUGGAGGGAGGAGUCUGGCGAGGAGCCACAGAGCGCCAGGGUGUCCCGACAGUCUCGCAAGUCUCCCUGUUCCUUCUCGCCUUCUCCUCUUGUCGAAGAAGGUGACCCAGCAGCUUUCCUUGCAUCUUCAGACAGCUGCUUGCGAGCCACAAAGUCCUCCCCUGAUCUUCCGUCAUGCCGCGGUUCGUCUUCGUUUGCGCUGCCGGUGGAAGCAGCGCCGCACAACGGGUCUUCAACAGUCUCUUCCGCGCGGUGUGUCGACACCCCACAGCCUCCAGGCUCAUCAGAGACGUCAGUGUCUCCCCUGUUUGCGAGUCCUGUUGUCUCGUCCCUCCUCCGCGCCUCCUCCGCAGAGCUUCCUCGCCUUUCCCUCGCUUCUUGCGCUUCGUCUUCUUCCGCUUCGCCUCCUUACGCGUCUUCGUCCUUCUCGUCCUCGUCGUCGCUCCACGCUGCGGUGGGAGCCGCGUUCGCAGCGGGGAGGAAGGGCGCCGGCUACGAGCGAAGAGAAGAACAAGAAGGGGAGUUGAGCGAGGUGUACAGACAGCUGGUGGACGCGAUGAACGAGGAACUUCCUCCUUCCUUGAGAAUCAACUUUCACUGGAUCGACCUCAAACGCCAGCAGUACAGACGCCCGAUACCUCACGUGACUCCGUCGGCGUCGUUUCCUUCUGCGCCGCCUUCUGCCUGUGGCGAGGCCUUCGCGCUCGAGGGCCGAGGCGCGCCGGCUUGUCGGUUGCGGUGGCGUGAGGCGAAGAACGUCGGAAUGUUCAGCUUUCCUGCGCAACGUCUGGGUCGGACAGCAUCUUGGCACACAGGCACACCCUUUGCGCCCUGCUCCGACGAGUGGCGUCAGUCAUUCUUCGACAGCAGAGAGGGAGACGAACAACGAGCGAAGGCGGAAGAAAGAGAAAGAGAAAGGGAGAGAGACAGACAGGAAGAAGAGACGCUUACGCCGUACCAACAGCUGCAGCGUCUGGGCGACGAAUUAAUGAACACGGUGGGAGUCUUCUACACUAACGAUCCAGUUACCCUCGCAGCCACGAGUGUGCAGCGCGGGAUCUGUCGCGUCAACUGCCUGGACUGUCUGGAUCGAACGAACGACGCGCAGCUCGUCCUCUACAAGAAUGUCCUUCUUCACCUACUGCGCGUCAUGCGAUUCAUUCCUGCAGACUCCCUUGACCUGGAUCCCCAAGUUGCGUCGGUUCUCUCUAGCCUUUUGGAGGCGGCGGGCGACCAAAUAGCGAUGCAGUAUGGAGGGUCAUGUGCUCACAAGAAAGAACAACUGCUGAAUACGCGAACGCCCAGUUCAGCUUCGCGGCAUCCCUCCCCUUCGCGUCUGCCGCCCCGCGGCGGUCCAGGCCCAGGGGCACUCGUCUCCGCCUCCAGUGUUCCCGCGACCCCUCCAGCGCACGUGGCGCCCCUCGCCUCGGCUUAUAUUCGGAUAAAUCCGCAGCGUGAAGGCGCGGAGCCUCGCGGGUUCGCGGCGUGGAUGGACAGCGCGGCUCGGGCACUUCGUGGGUGGAGGCGAAGUAGAAGCGGGGAGAGAGAAAGAGAGCAGCGCGACGAAGAGCACGGAACGUCGUCUCCUUUGUUUUUUCUCUCGCUCGCUACUUCUGUAAAGCGAAGAUACAACAAUAUCUUGGCAGACGGCAGCAAGCAGCAAGCGGUCAAUCUCGUUCAGUGCAAAGUGCAAUCUUUUGAUUUCGGCGAGAAUUUUCUGGCCUCUCUGGAGGUCGAUUCCGACGCCUGCCUUCAUCACGAGUGGACAGAGCCUUCCUUCGAGCCUCGCGAAUGGUGGGUGCUGCCUCUCCAGCGCUUCUUUAACGCCAUCCGUCUAGCGACCUCCUUCAAAACGCUUCUUCUCUCUGCUCCUUCGUCUUCUCUCGCCCUCUCCUUUUCUUCUCUCGCUCUUUCCCCUCUGUCUCUUUCUCCGUCACCUGCAUCUUCUUUUUCGCUCUCGGCGUCGCCUGGGUGCUCAGCUUUAUCUCUGGACUCGGGGAGUUCUUCUUCUUCGCUGGCCCAGGCGCGGUGGGUGUCGGCGGCUCUGAAGGGGAAACUCGAGCUCCCUGCAUGCCGACCGUCUCCGUGGUUUGCGCUUUUUGGAGGAUCUUUGCGUCCUCCUGCGGAGCUACGCUUUCCUCGCUGCUCCAGUCUGCUGCACCCCGCUGACUCCCCCGCGUCUCCGAGCUGCUUCCCGGCUUGGUUCGCCGACGCCGCGGACACAACGAAGCUACGCGUUUCUCCCCCAGCCUCAUCCGGAGGGACGCGCAGCCGUCUGGAGUGUGUCUACACCUACGAGCCGUGGCGCGCGGAGGCGGAGGAGGCGGGCGCCUUCGCUGCCGAGGUCGCUCGCGCUCUUCUCAAGUCUCCCGUUUCUCUCGCAGGCGCUUCGGAAUCACUCUCUGCAGACGCGAGAACAGACGGCGAACUUGCGAGGUGCAACGGCGCAGCCGAAGGCGGGAGAGCAGCCCGGCACCUGAUGCCGAGAGAGGAAGGGAGUGAGAGUGAAACCGCGACGCACGACGAGGAAGGCGAAGCCUGGCAUGAGGACGACGUCUCGGUAGAGGUUUCGAACGGCGAGGAAGGCGAAGCAGAAGCGACGCGACAAACGCGAAGACGCCACGGCAAGCGAGGUGAUUCGGACUCCCUGAGGAACCGCUGGGCAGCGUCUCGAAGGCCGGACCACUGUCAGUGGGUGUCUCCGUUUCAUGCUUCCUUCUGUCUCCUCCUCCCUGGAUUGUUUCUUCGAGUUUCAGAGAGCGGGGACUUCACUGACCGGCGAACGGCUUUCCAGUCCGUCGGGUGCGAUGCUGGGAGUCCAAGAGGACGCGACGUCGUCACCCUCUUCUCAGAGAUGGAUCGGCAGGGAGGCUCCUCAGAAGCGAAGUGUGUGGCGGUCGCGGCGUUGCCGAGGCCGCCUCGCCAGUCCCCCUCCUUGUCUUCUCUCCCUUCCUUCCCCUUCUCCUUUUCUGCCUUUCCUUCCCUCUCGUCUGUGCCUUCUCUCCAGUCCUUUUCUCCACCUUCUGCCGCCUACCUCGCCCUGCAAGACGUCGCCGACGACGAGUCUGCGCAGGGGGAACGGGUGCUGCUUGCCCGCUUUCUCGAGCUCAACAUUGGCGUUCACACCGACGGCGACCCGCGCGAAGAAGCAGAAGAAGAAGGACAAGAACGAGAAGAAGUCGACGAAGAAACGCGAGGUUCUGGCACAUUUGCGAGAGCGCGCGUUCCGCAUCGGCUUUGCUGUGGCAUCAAAAGGAACGUUUCCAGGCGUUCCGUGCAGCAGCCUUCCAGAGCCAGAGGAGAACCAAGCAUCCCCGUGAAGCAGCGGCGACAGCAAACAACGUGGAAAACGCAGACACCCGAGUUUCGACGACGAACGCGAGAAGCGCGCGCCGUCCAUUUCCUCAUCGGAGACACUCCGAGCCUCGGCGGAUUUUCCCUCGCCUCGCACCCUGCCUCGUCUCUGCUUGCUCCCUCGCGCCCGCCUCCCUUUUCGUCUCUCCAGAUCUUUCAAGGCUACCAAGCUUCGCUUCUCUGUCACGCUUGUAGACACGCUCAGUCUUGUCAAAAUGACAAAGACAGAAACGAAGCCGCCGGUCGCGAAGACGCCGCCGCUGGCGUCUCCGGCAGGUCUGCGCGGCUUGUGCCCUUCGCCUCUCACGCCUGCGGUUGUGUCCGAGGCUCCCGCCGAGACUGCUGCGAGCCGGCGAGUAUUCGUCCUCUCAAGCUAGACAGCCUUAGGCAUAUCACUUCUCGAUAUCCCUCGCCUGUCGAUCCCUGUGUAGAGUCUUCCUUCUCUUCUUCCUCUGCGUCGCCUCCAGAUCUUGAGGCCUCUCCCUCUGGGCUCGCGAGGCAGGCCUGCGUCUCUCCGUUCUGUCUCCGGCACUGGGAGAUGUCGCCGACGCAGGCUCUGGUUGUGUUCGCGGAAGCUCGGAGGCGCAUGCUGUCAAACAAGAGGGAACUGCAUGCGCCUGCCGGACGCGAGAGGACCCCCGACGGCGAGAGGAAGACGGAAGCGCCGGGUAAAAAACGGGGGGAUGAGGAAGGCAGACAGGAGAGGCCGCAGGAGCGGGAGACGGCAGAGCGUCUUGGCAGCGGAAACACAGAGCGACAGCCGACUUUGCGCGAGCGGGAGGAAUCGUCGGACGCGGGUGCGGACCGGGAAGAAGGCGCGACACCGAACGAGAGACGAUUGCAUCCACGCAGAGCGCGUGAGGCGAAACGAGAACUCGAGAAAGCAAAGAACGGUGACGUCGCCUGGAGGCGAAAGGAACAGCCGACAGUCGCGAGGGAAGCGAGAGCGGAACGCGGUGUACAUGAGAUGGGGGACAUGCGACAUCCGCGCCCCAGUAGAACGAGCCACUUUGGCGCACAGACGCAUGUGGGGUCCAGUCUUUUUCUUCCUAGCGGCUGUCAGGUGAAGCGCGGGACCAGCGUCUUUACCUCUGGAGACAGCUGUUCCGUCAGCCUUUCUGCCUCUCGGAUUUCUCACUUCGACGCAGCUGAAGGAGAAACGAAGUCCUUUUCUCGUCUCGUUCUGCCUCUUAGCGAGGCGCUCUGGGCUCGGAGCUCGUCUCUGCCCACGCGCCCUGCGUCUGCGCAGUCCGAGGCCGUAGCGUCUCUGGCGCGAUUGUGGAGGCGAGAGGCUUCGCCAGGGAGAGAGCCGGAGGACAGUGCAGCCAUCGGUGAUUUUCUCUCGCCUGUUCAGUGGCCGCUCUUCUUUCCAGAGGAUAUGCCCUCCGGAACGGCGCUGGAGUCUUCGUUCUCGUCUUCUGCGCAGGUCAUGCGGAAAAGCCCCAAGGCUGAAAGAGAGCACAGAGGAGGGCAACUUCUGCCUGUGGGAGGAGAAAGCAGAGCGACUUCCCAGUACAUCCCUCUUCUCUUUGGAGAAGCAAUGGCCAAGAAAAAACAGGAAGUCGCGUCGCUGCUCCAGCGUGCAGAAAACGCCUUCACCCUCGUUCAUGGAUGGUGAAGAGAACAUAUAACGCAGGGGGGUACCAACCCAAUAAGAAUCCAUCCAUAUAUAUAUAUAUAUAUAAAUACAUGUGACAAUAAACAAAUAUAUAUAUAUAUAUAUAUAUGAGUUUUGUUUAUAUCUUCAUACUAGGUUUGGUGAUAGGCUCUGAGCCAGCUGUUUCUUUUUCUGUAUGGAUAAAACUUCGAGACGGAGACACCAGGGACCUCUCUGUUUCGAUUUUUUUUAACUCUCCAAAUCUUUUAAAGC